GCCGCCAUCCAACCAUCCAUCCAUCCAAGAAAGUAAACAUGGCGCGAUGCCUUCCCAAGAGAGGCGGCAAUACGGUCACACGGAGUCAAAGCAGACGAACUCGAAGCCGUCUUUCACUUCUGCCGCCCCGCUUGUAAGCGCGGGCGUUAACGGUCCAGCGUCAGGCGCAGUUUACGUUUAUCGAGAUCGUCCGUAAUUGUAAAAGCUUUGCUACAAUAUUCUGUGGCAUUACACGCUCAAACAACGGCUCAAGAGUUCACACAAACUACGAGACGGAGCAGAAUGUCUUCUGGUACCACUGCGAAAGGCCUCACAAAUGCAAUGAGCCUAGCUGAAGGUAUCGCUGCCGAAACGGAAUGCCUCGUCCCUUCCAAGGUCGUUGGGCAGGUCGAGGUUGGCAUGCAGUUCAGCUUGCCUCUGGCUGACAAGUCUGUUGGGUGCUCCUUCAAAGCAUGGAGCGUGUCGAGCAGCAUGCAGACUAUGGAGACUAUGGAUCAUUUAAGCUCCACCUCAGCAUCGAGGCCUUCAAUUUCUCCAUCAACUGCCGAAUGUGACAACUUAAAGCAAGGAUGCUUCCACCGAUGUCAGCUAUGUGACUAUGUGGCUGAUAAACUAUUUCUUAUGGAAGCACAUGCCAGCAUCCAUACUGGCGAGAAGCCAUUUGACUGCCCUUUAUGCUCUCAGAGCUUCUCACAAAGAGGCAGCCUGAAAGCCCACCUACGCACCCACACAGGCGAGAAGCCAUUUGACUGCCCUUCAUGCUCUCGGAGCUUCUCACAAAGGGGCAGCCUGAAAGCCCACCUGCGCACCCACACAGGCGAGAAGCCAUUUGACUGCCCUUCAUGCACUCAGAGCUUCUCACGGAAGAGCGGCCUGAAAGCCCACCUGCGCACCCACACAGGCGAGAAGCCAUAUCAGUGCCCUUCAUGCUCUCAGAGUUUCUCACAGAGGAGCGGCCUGAAAGCCCACCUGCGCAUCCACACAGGUGAGAAGCCAUUUGACUGCCCUUUAUGCACUCGGAGCUUCUCACAGAAGAGCGACCUGAAAGGCCACCUGCGAACCCACACAGGCGAGAAGCCAUUUGACUGCCCUUCAUGCUCUCGGAGCUUCUCACAAAGGGGCAGCCUGAAUGCCCACCUGCGCACCCACACAGGCGAGAAGCCAUUUGACUGCCCUUCAUGCACUCGGAGCUUCUCACAAAAGGCCCACCUGAAAGCCCACCUGCGCACCCACACAGGCGAGAAGCCAUUUGAGUGCCCUUCAUGCACUCGGAGCUUCUCAGAGAAGAGCGGUCUGAAAGUCCACCUGCACACCCACACAGGCGAGAAGCCAUAUCAGUGCCCUUCAUGCUCUCGGGGCUUCUCACGAAAAAAAGACGUGAAAAUCCACCUGCGCACCCACACAGACGAGAAGCCAUUUGACUGCCCUUCAUGCUCUCAGAGCUUCUCACUAAAGGCCUACCUGAAAGCCCACCUGCGCACCCACACAAGCGAGAAGCCAUUUCACUGCCCUUCAUGCACUCGAAGCUUCUCACAGAAGAGCGACCUGAAAUGCCACCUGCGCACCCACACAGGCGAGAAGCCAUAUCAGUGCCCUUCAUGCUCUCGGGGCUUCUCACGAAAAAAUGACAUGAAAAUCCACCUGCGGACUCAUACAGGUGAGAAGCCAUUUGACUGCCCUUCAUGCUCUUGGAGCUUCUCACAAAAGGCCCACCUGAAAGUCCACCUGCGCACCCACACAGGCGAGAAGCCAUUUCACUGCCCUUCAUGCACUCGGAGCUUCUCACAGAAGAGCGGCCUCAAAGCCCACCUGUGCAGCCACACAGGCGAGAAGCCAUAUCAGUGCCCAUCAUGCUCUCGGGGCUUCUCACGAAAAGAUGACGUGAAAAUCCACCUGCGGACUCACACAGGCGAGAAGCCAUUUGACUGCCCUUCGUGCUCUCGGAGCUUCUCACAAAAGGCCCACCUGGGAGCCCACCUGCGCACCCACAGGCAAGAAGCCAUUUAACUGCCCUUCAUGCACUCGGAGCUUCUCACAGAAGAGCGGCCUCAAAGCCCGCCUGUGCAGCCACACAGGCGAGAAGCCAUAUCAGUGCCCUUCAUGCUCUCGGGGCUUCUCACGAAAAGAAGACGUGAAAAUCCACCUGCGGACUCACACAGGCGAGAAGCCAUUUGACUGCCCUUCAUGCUCUCAGAGCUUCUCACAAAAGGCCCACCUGGAAGCCCACAGGCAAGAAGCCAUUUAACUGCCCUUCAUGCACUCGGAGCUUCUCACAGAAGAGCGGCCUGAAAGCCCACCUGCACACCCACAUAACCAAGAAGCCAUUUCAUUGCCCUUCGUGCCCUCGGAGGUUUUCAUUGAAGAAUGCCCUGAAUGUACACCAGCGUGUUCAUACAGGUGACCGGCCAUACAGUUGCCCCGUCUGCUCCAGGUCCUUUAUGCGGUCUCAUCACUUGAGCACACAUAAGAGAGCACAUCACCACACUAGUGUAGGGUAGGUCAAGAACCACAUUGAACUAGAGUGACUAUUAAAAAUUACGGAUGUGUUGCAUGUUGCAUAAUGUUUUGCUGCAUCAGUUAGCAAAAGUGUUUCCAUGUGCUCUUAAAUGGUCCCUGAAAGAAACACUUUUUCGGGGUCACAAUCUUUUCUCUAAAUCUUUUUUGAGUAUGUCAUAGAACAUGGAGCAAAAGAAAUGAAAACUGACCAACACAAAGCUGUUACAACUGAGAAAAUAUUUAAGAUACAAUUAAAACUCGAUAUUAUGAAGACAGUAAAAUUAGCAAUUUGCUUUGCUAUGUUGUGACUUUUCAUUAUUUGAAAAGUAUUUAAUAUUUGUUUCGAUCCCAAAAAUUGCUGUUUGCAUGCCCCUACAAAAUAUGCAUGUUCAUUGUAAUGCUUAUUACAUUACAGAUGUCUGAAUAAUCUACUUCCUAAGUUCUGUAUUUUUUUUCACCAUUGUUUUUUUGUACAUAUGAACUUGUUUUGUUAGACCUAUUCAUGUAUUUAUUGCCUCUAGGUUCUUGUAUACAUGGUUCAUCCUGAAGAGUCUUUUCUGAUUCUACUCGCACCACAUUUGAUAGAUUGGCACAUUUUAAGAGCAAUUGAAUGAUUCAUAUUUUUUUCCAUGAUAAAAACAGUGCAGCCAGCACUUUCCAUUGUCUGUUUCAUCAAAGCACCAAAUAAAUGCAUGUGUUGAGUA